AUGUUUUACUCAGGGCUUCUGACGGAGGGGGGCCGCAAGGAAGCCGAUAUGCGGGAGGCAGCUUCUCUGCGGCAGCAGCGCCGCAUGAAGCAGGCUGUGCAGUUCAUCCACAAGGAUUCGGCUGAUCUGCUGCCCCUCGAUGGCCUGAAGAAGCUGGGCUCGUCCAAGGACACGCAACCCCACAACAUCCUGCAGAGGCGCCUCAUGGAAACCAACCUCUCCAAGCUCCGCAACACCAGGGUCCCUUGGGCCCCCAAGACCAACAGACUCAAUCAGGCCAAGUCUGAGGGGCUAAAGAAGGCUGAGGAAGGGGACAUGAUUCUGGUGUCCUGCCAGUGCGCUGGAAAGGACUUGAAAGCCUUGGUUGACACCGGCUGUCAACAUAAUCUCAUCUCCUCUGCCUGUGUGGACAGACUAGGGUUAAAGGACCAUGUUAAGUCCCACAAACACGAUGGGGAAAAGCUCUCCCUGCCCCGACACCUCAAAGUGGUGGGCCAGAUUGAGCACCUUGCACUUACACUGGGAUCCCUACGCCUGGAUUGCCCAGCGGCUGUGGUUGAGGACAAUGACAGAAAUCUCACUCUUGGGCUCCAGACUCUGCGGUCCUUGAAGUGCAUCAUAAACCUGGACAAGCAGCGUCUCAUCAUGGGGAAGGUGGAGAAGGAGGAGAUCCCCUUUGUGGAGACUAUGUCUGGGAGUGAAGAUAACACAUCAGAGGCAUAAUUAAAGAAUGAGAAGUGUGUGUGAGUGAACAUACACUCACACAUACCCAUACACAUACAAGCCACAUACACCCCCAAGCUAACAGCUUGGGAAAGCUGUCAGGCUUGGCCCAGAUGCAAAACCGGUCCCUGCUGCCUGGACCACAUCCUUCCCUCUGUGGGAGGUUCCAUCGAUUCCUUCCCCUCUGGGCCUCUCUCCUCUGUAGCCUGUGCUUAGAGAUCCUGUCUGGUUUUAUCUAUGGUUUUUAUAUGUCUGAUCCUGUGUUUAAUGAACCUUUGACACUGCCCUGACCUAGUUGCUGGAGUGUGUCCCCAACAGUUCACUCUUUUCUAGGAAUCUGCUUUCUUUAGCCAUGUACAGAGGCUGCCAGGAGUUGGCCCUUAUUAGAGUCACUUCUUUGUUUUCCAGUGAACAGAUGUGUAAUCAGAAGGAAAUAGGUACUGACUCAUUGGCUCAAUCACAGAAAGCCAUGGCAUGGAUUCAUUGAGUUUUUAUUUACUCCACACAUAGGAUUUAGAUCUGGAAAGGGCCUUAGACACCAUUUCAUCCAACCCAUUCCCUUUACAGAGGAGGAAAAUAAGGCUCAGGAUUUAGCGAUCUGCUCAGUGUCACAUAGCAAGGGAGUAGAAGAGACCCAGGUCUCCUGCCUCCUAGUCUGACCUAAUUUCCACUCCACCAUUCUGUUUCUUCUGUGGAAGGAACUGUGAGGUGAGAGCUGUUGGGCUGGCAAAACAGCAAGAGAGAUAAAAGGGGAGAAAGAAAAGGAGUGAUGGCGCCGGGAUGGGGGAUGCCUGCCACAAGGAGCUGGAGGGGGCUUCCAGAACGUGUCCAGAAUGCCAACAUCAGUCACUCCUUUUGGGUAAAGAAUGGAGGAUUCUGGUUAAAAUAAUAACAGAUAGGUUUUCUGAGUACUAUUAUUAGCUACUAAUCCUGUAAUCAAUUUUUAUGAGAUGGGCUCAGCCAGCUAGAGGACAUAGAGGGUUAAGAGAUAGAGAAAGUGAAGGCAAGGGGGUGGCUUAAGACUUGGCCAUAUAGGUGUUGGUUGCUGGGAUGGGGAUGCCCAGGAGAUCCCCAGGUGGGGAGGGGAGGACACUACAAAGUAGUCAAAGGAAUACUGGACAGCCAAGGAGCCUGGGUUUAUAUCCACCUGCCAUCAGUAACUUGUCUGACCUUGGACAAGUCACGUCCACUGUUUCCUCACCUGUAAAAUAAUGAGGUUGGACU